GGUGCUGCCGCUCGAUGCUUCCCGAGGCGGCGGACGCGGGAGGAGCGCACACACGCGCCGGAGAACCCGGAAGUGCCCAGUGGGGGGUGGCAGUGCUGGACCUGUCACGCGGGAACCUUGCAGGAUGCUGGAGUCCUAUGUAACUCCUAUUUUGAUGAGUUAUGUGAAUCGCUACAUAAAGAACUUGAAGCCUUCAGAUCUGCAGUUGUCACUCUGGGGAGGAGAUGUUGUGCUUAGUAAGCUUGAAUUAAAGUUGGAUGUACUUGAACAGGAGCUGAAGCUACCAUUUACUUUUUUAAGUGGGCACAUUCAUGAACUUCGGAUUCAUGUGCCAUGGACAAAAUUGGGGUCAGAACCAGUUGUCAUCACUAUCAAUACAAUGGAAUGCAUCUUGAAACUAAAGGAUGGAGCUCAGGAAGACCACGAAAGUUGUGGUUCCAGUUCAACAAACCGCAGUGCCACAGAAAGCAUGAAAACAGCCGUAAAACCACGACGGGUUCAACAGUCUGCCUCUCCUGACCCUGACUUACCUCCAGGUUAUGUUCAGAGCUUGAUUAGGCGCGUUGUAAACAAUGUCAACAUUGUGAUCAACAAUCUCAUAUUAAAAUACGUGGAGGAUGAUAUUGUUCUCUCAGUCAAUAUUACUUCUGCAGAAUGCUAUACAGUGGAUGAGUUUUGGGAUCGAGCAUUCAUGGACAUCUCUGCCACAGAUCUGGUACUGAGAAAGAUGAUCAACUUUUCUGACUGCACAGUGUGUCUUGAUAAGAGAAAUGCUAGUGGUAAAAUUGAAUUUUACCAGGAACCUCUGCUGUACAAAUGUUCUUUCAGGACUCGUCUGCAUUUUACUUAUGAUAACCUCAACUCCAAAAUGCCAUCUAUUAUUAAAAUCCACACAUUAGUUGAGAGUUUGAAACUUUCAAUCUCUGAUCAGCAGCUUCCUAUGUUUAUACGUAUAAUGCAGCUUGGGAUUGCUCUUUAUUAUGGAGAAAUAGGCAACUUCAAAGACGGCGAAGGUGAAGAUUUGAUAUGCCAUCCUAAAGAUGGAAAUAUCACAGGCACAGAAGACGAAUCAAGCUCAGUGAUGCAAUAUCCAGCACAGUAUAUUAAUCAAGAUACUUAUUUACAUCAAGAUGAUGACCAGCAGCAAGGUUGGGUUUCUUGGGCCUGGUCUUUUGUUCCUGCUAUUGUGAGUUAUGAUGAAGAGAACGAUUCUAGCGGAACUGAUGAUGGAACGAUGCUACACCAGCAGAAAUCUCAGUCCGUCAAGGAUCCUAUUGUUUCGGUUGGGUUUUACUGUACAAAGGCUACAGUGACUUUUAAGCUCACUGAAAUGCAAGCCGAAAGUAGUUAUUACAGCCCUCAGAAAGUAAAAUCCAAAGAAGUUAUAUGUUGGGAACAAGAAGGAACCACGGUUGAGGUCCUUAUGAAAGGUGAACUUUUCUUUGAUUGCCAAAUAGGUUUUGUUGGUUGCCAAGCUAUGUGCCUUAAAGGAAUUAUGGGAAUUAAAGACUUUGAAGAGAACAUGAAUAGGAGUGAUGAUGAAGCCUACUUCUUUAAUUGCGGAGAAAAUUUGAGUGCAAAAGGGAUGACGUACCUUACGAAUUCACUAUUUGAUUACAGAAGUCCAGAAAAUAAUAGUAUUCGUGCGGAAUUUAUAUUGGAUGCAGCUCAUCAUAAGGAGACGUACACAGAGAUAGCUGGAAUGCAGAGGUUUGGGGCUUUCUACAUGGAUUACUUGUACACAAUGGAAAGCACCAGUGGCAAAGUUUCUGGAAAUCAGCAAGACUUUUCUUCAGUAAAGAGUGAAGAUGUUGGAAAUGUUCAGGAGAUGUCUACAAAAAGCCUUAUUGUGGGCCCACUCAAUCUUCGAUUGGAUAGCAGUGCGGUACACCGGAUAAUGAAAAUGAUAGUUUGUGCUCUGGAACAUGAAUAUGAACCAUACAGCAGAACUAAGCCAGAUGUUAUGGAUGGAAAUAGAACUAUGCCAAGCUCAGAAGAAGUAUCGUUAUUGGAGGAAUACAUUCCCACUCGACUUACAACGUUCACUGUUCUAAAGUGUACCAUUAUAAUCCCUGUGGCAGAAUUCAAUUUACUGGACCAGCUGAUGCCUAUAAUCAAGGGUGAGAAGAACUUAAGUGGACUGUUAAAUGCUGCAAGUUUCCAGCCCUUACGGCCUUUACCUUCCAUCCGAAUUUUGGUGGAUAAGGUUAACCUGGAGCAUUCGGUGCCGAUGUAUGCUGAACAACUGGUGCACGUGGUCAGCAGCCUUGGCCAGCCGUCUGACAACCUGCUUCAUUACUGUUACUCACACUGCUAUCUGAAGAUCUUUGGUUUUCAAGCAGCACUGACUUCUUUGGACAGUAAAGGAUUGUACUGCUUCCCUGUUCCAGUUAUCCCCUCGUUCAGUACUGCUAUUUAUGGCAAGCUGAUCAAGUUUCAAAAAUAUUGGUCGAAGAGAGCUCAAGUCCCACUAACAGAAUGCAUAUUUGAGCUUCCUAAUUUGACAGUUCAAGCAACUAGAGCUCAAACCCUCCUGCUUCAAAGUAUUUAUCAGAGCUGGUGUCAUCCUGCUGGAAAUGUCAGUCCGGUGGUGGUAAAUGAAGCUUUACUGAAUGAGGUUUUCCAAACUUCAGGUGUGAAAUCUAAGAAUCCCCUGCCAACUCUUGAGGGCUCCAUCCAGAACGUUGAAUUGAAGUACUGCAGCACAUCAUUGGUCAAAUGUGCCUCUGGGACCGUGGGAUCAAUAAAAAUUUGUGCCAAAGCCCCAGGUGAUGGUGGAAAGGAAAAGCUGAUUCCUUUAAUUCAAGGCCCUUCUGACACCAGGGACUUACACAGCAGCAAAUGGCUCAAUGAGAGCAGAAAGCCAGAAUCUCUUUUAGCUCCAGAUUUGGUGGCCUUUACAGUCCAAAUUCCACAGUAUAUGGACUACUGCCAUAAUUCUGGUGCAGUACUCUUGUCCAGCAUACAAGGUUUAGCAAUUAAUGUUGAUCCAGUCCUGUAUGCUUGGCUUAUCUAUCAGCCUCAGAGACGAGCUAGUAGACACAUUCAGCAGCAGUCUGUAGGAACUCUUCCACUUGGAGUGUCCGUAACUCGAAAAAAAGAGGAUGAAGUAUCAGUUGGAAGUGCACCUUUGGCAAGGCAGCAGUCAAAUCAAGCCUCUGAGUAUGCCAGCAGUCCUGUCAAAACAAAAACAGUUACAGAAUCUCGUCCUUUGUCACUUCCUGUGAAAACCAUGCUGAACUCAUCUGAAAGCUGCAGAAGUCCCGAAGAAAGAAUGAAGGAAUUUAUUGGAAUAGUGUGGAAUGCAGUUAAGCGCCUUACACUUCAGCUUGAAGUCCAAUCUUGUUGUGUAUUCCUUCCGAAUGAUAGCCUGCCUUCCCCAAGUACUAUUGUAUCAGGUGACAUUCCUGGGACUGUGCGAAGCUGGUACCAUGGGCAGGCCAGUAUGCCUGGCACACUUGUUGUCUGCUUGCCCCAGGUAAAGAUUAUGAGUGCUGGACACAAACACAUGGAACCGUUGCAGGAAAUCCCAUUUGUUGUACUGAAACCCAUCCUGGAAGAAGGUGAUGCUUUUCCAUGGACUAUUAGUCUCCAUCAUUUCAGUAUCUAUACCCUUCUUGGACAACAGAUGACACUUAAUUUAGUGGAACCAAUGGGCUGUACUUCUACUUUAGCUGUUACUUCACAGAAACUGCUUGCAUCGGGGCCGGAAUCGAGACACUCAUUUGUUGUCUGCCUCCAUGUUGACCUUGAGUCCCUUGAAAUAAAAUGCUCCAACCCCCAGGUGCAGCUUCUGUAUGAACUGGCUGAGAGCACAAGUAAAGUUUGGAAUAAAAUACAAAGGAAAGGAAUUCUGUAUCAAUCUUCUGUCUAUUCUGAAACCAUGACAGGACCUGCUCCACCUAGCUCUCCAGUUAAAAGUAGUAUUGGUACUGCUCUACCAGACACCAGCACAUACAGCCCAUCUGCUGACAUCGGGACCACCACAGAGGGUGAUUCUCUUCAGGGUGGUGAUGAUUCUCCAUUCUCAGACUCCAUUACACUGGAACAAACAACAAGUAAUAUUGGAGUUUCAAGUGGACGUGUCAGCCUAUGGAUGCAGUGGAUGUUGCCAAAAAUUACCAUAAAAUUAUUUGCUCCUGAUCCCAGAAAUAAUGGCACAGAAGUUUGUGUUGUCAGUGAAUUAGAAGAUCUCAGUGCCUCAGUUGAUAUGCAGGAUGUUUAUACCAAAAUCAAAUGUAAAAUAGAAAGCUUCAAUAUUGACCAUUACAGGAACAGCCUUGGGGAAGAUUCUUGGUCUCUGGGGCAGUAUGGAGGUGUGUUCCUUUCCUGUACUGACAAGCUGAACAGACGUACCUUGCUGGUUCGACCCGUCAGCAAGCAGGACCCUUUCAGUAAUUUCUCUGGCUUCUUUCCUUCUACAACUGCAAAACUUUUAGAUGGCUCACACCAACAACAUGGAUUUCUUUCUCUUACUUAUACCAAAGCUGUAACGAAAAAUGUCCGGCACAAACUCAUAUCGAGGAAUGAGAGAAGAACAUUCUAUACACUAUCAGAAGGUCACACUGAUGGUUCUCCUCACUUUCUUCAUGAGAUCCUUCUUUCUGCUCAGGCCUUUGAUGUGGUCCUCUGUUUUCCUUUGCUUAAUGCAAUUGCAAGCAUUUUUCAAGCCAGGUUGCUGAGGAGUCAAAAGGAAAAAAGAAAAUCACCAGGUCAACCUAUGAGGACUCAUGCUCUAACUUCCCGCAACUUGCCUCUGAUUUAUAUCAACACUGGUGUAAUAAGAGUCUUCUUUCCCAAAAAUGAGGAAGAUCGUCAUACAGCAGAAGCUAAUCCAGCAAUUAAAGAAGACACAUUGGUUCUCAAGGUUGGAUCUGUCUCUAUGGCUCCUCAGGCUGACAACCCUCUUAGUAGGGCUGUGCUCAGAAAAGACAUUUAUCAGAGAGCAUUGAAUCUAGGAAUACUUCGAGACCCUGGGUCAGAGGUUGAAGACAGACAAUAUCAAAUAGAUCUUCAGUCUAUAAACAUUGGUACUGCUCAUUGGAAUCAGUUGAAACCAGAGAAGGACAAUGGAAAAGGAGGAGUUUUGACAGAAAAUGAAAGAAAUUCUCAAAAUCCAGCACUUGAAUGGAACAUGGCCAGUAGCAUAAGGCGGCAUCAGGAGAGGAGAGCAAUUUUAACUCCAAUUUUAACAGAUUUCACAGUUCGAAUAACUGCAGCUCCGGCAAUUAUUUUUACCAAAAUUGAUGCUACAGAGAAUUUACACCCAGAGGAAAUUCUGGUGUGUGGUCAUUCUUUGGAGGUGAAUGUAACAACAAACCUGGAUUUCUUCCUCAGUGUCGCUCAAGUACAACUUCUUCAGCAGCUGAUACAAGCCAAUAUGUUUGGUGUGGAACCUUCCAGUAGCAGCACUGAGGUUUCCAAGCAAGAGCAGAAAAAAAUGGAUGUUUGUGAUGGAGGAACAGUUGAGACUUCUUCCCGUUACAGCGGGGCACAGGACAGUGGAAUUGGCAGUGACAGUGUUAAGAUCAGAAUCGUUCAGAUUGAGCAGCACAGUGGUACCAGCCAGUAUCGUAUUGCCCGUCCUUCCCACCAGUCUUCCAUCGUGAAGAAUCUCAAUUUCAUUCCCUUUGAUAUUUUUGUUACAGCAAGUCGAAUCUCCUUGAUGACUUACUCGUGCAUUGCCUUACCUAAAUCAAAAUCAGUACAAGAGCAGAAAGACGGUGAGAAAAUAAGCAAAAGCUCCUUGAACCUUCCAGAAGCGGGCUCAGGUGGCAGCCAGGAUACUAAGAAGCCCAGCCAGCCAUGUAUUUCUUCCGUCACAGCAGAUGAUCUUCUUAACAGUAAUGUUCCUCCGUCUACUGGAAGAAAAACAGGUCUUUUGUCACUAGAAAGUCUUCAUGCUUCCACAAGAUCAUCUGCUCGACAAGCCCUCGGUAUAACUAUUGUUCGGCAGCCUGGUCGCAGGGGAACCGGAGACAUAGAGCUACAGCCGUUUCUCUACCUUGUUGUAUCACAGCCCUCUGUGCUGCUGAGCUGCCACCACAGAAAGCAAAAGGUAGAGAUAUCAGUGUUCGAUGCUGGUCUUAAAGGAGUAGCCCCUGACUACAAGUGUACAGAUCCUGGGAAGACUCUACCAGAAGCUCUGGAUUAUUGCAAAGUUUGGUUGCAGACAGUCAGCAGGAGAGGGAGAUGCAAAAAGUGGUAUUUCCACCUCCUCUUAUCACUGUGCAGAUUAAAGACGUUCCUUAAUGGACCAGCUGACAUAAAUGUGGACAUAUCAAAACCUUUGAAAGCAAACCUCAGUUUUGUCAGACUUGAUCAAAUAAACCAGUUUUUGAAGAAAAUCAUAACUACAACUGGUGAUGAGCCCAAGAAGGAGCCUGCCCCAUCAGCUGACACUGUUUCAGAUGAGGAUGUCACUUCGAUAACCAAGUACCUCAGUACAAAGGAUUCACUACAUGCAGUGCAAAAGACUUCAGUACAGGAAAACUUGUGGCAAGUCCUUUCCUGCUUCCAGAAAAUUUCCAUUCACACUGUUCAAAUCGUUGUUUCAAUGGAAACCAUCCCGCAUCCUAGUAAACCUUGUUUGAUUCUCUCUUUAUCAAGUCUCAGUGGGAGCCUGAAUAUUAAAAGUGGACGUAAAACUGCAGGAAUCCAUGGAUCAUGUUUUGUCCUUGACAUAAAAGAUUUGCUACUUAAAACCAGUCUCAAAGAAAGAGCCAGAUCUCUGAUGGGCCCUUUUUGCUGCUCUGUUAAUGUGGAAGCCAAGUGGUGUAAGCACAGUGGCGAUCCUGGCCCAGAGCAGUCUAUUCCAAAAAUACACAUCGAUUUGAGAGGAGGACUCUUGCAGGUUUUCUGGGGUCAAGAGCAUUUGAACUGUUUAGUUCUUCUCCAGGAGCUUCUGUGGCAGUAUCUUACUAAAAGGGGCAGUGCAGAGACAUUUUUACCUGAGCAUACAAACCCCACUUGUUUUUCUAUGGAAAGGAAUCAGGCCACAAAAACUGAGCAUACCUCGGAUGAUUUGAGAACAGGCCUGUUCCAGUAUAUACAAGAUGCAGAAGCACAGAAACUGCCUGGUGCCUAUGAAGUUGUAUUUUACAAUGAAACUGAAGAUAGUCCAGGAAUGAUGUUGUGGAGAUACCCAGAACCCAGAGUGCUCACACUUGUGAGAAUUAACCCUGUUCCUUUUAAUACCACUGAAGACCCAGAUAUUAGCACAGCUGACCUUGGAGAUGUACUUCAGAUUCCUUGCAGUUUGGAGUACUGGGAUGAGCUUCAGAAAUCAUUUGUUGCAUUCCGAGAAUUCAGUCUAUCAGAAAGCAAAGUCUGUGAACUACAGCUGCCCAGUGUCAACCUUGUGAAUGAUCAGAAAGAGCUCAUAGCCUCCGAUCUGUGGCGGAUUGUCCUAAACAGCAAUCAGAAUGUGGCGGAUGACCAAAGCUCAGAAAGUGAAUCUGGCUCGCAAAGUGCGUGUGAUCAGCUAGUAACCCCUACAGCAUUGGCAGCCUGUACCAGAGUGGACUCCUGUUUUACUCCUUGGUUUGUGCCAUCACUGAGUGUGUUGAUACAAUUUACUUAUUUGGAAGUCCACCUCUGCCAUCAUCUUGAUCAAUUAGGCACAGCACCACCAAAGUUUCUUCAGCCAUUUUUAUCUGAUAAAAACAUGCCAUCUGAACUCGAAUACAUGAUAAUUUCCUUUGACGAGCCUCAUUUAUAUCUUCGUCGGUGGAGCGAUGAGUCGAUGUUCCAGGAGAUCCAGUUUUCAACUCAAGCUGACUGUAAACUUUUGGAGUGUCGAAAUGUGACUAUGCAGAGUGUUGUAAAACCGUUCAAAAUCUGGGGGCAGAUUGCUAUUUCCAGCAGUGCAGUAGGAAGCCUCUUGGACUACACGAUAAUGGUGGACCCCAUUUUCAUCAACUUUGGUCAAUAUGCACUUCACUCUCUGAAUACAGCAAUUCAGGCUUGGCAGCAGAACCAAUGCCCAGAGGCAGAGGAGUUGGUCUUCAGCCAUUUUGUGAUCUGUAAUGACACACAAGAGACACUGCGGUUUGGCCAGGUGGAUACCGAUGAAAAUAUUUUGCUGGCUAGUCUCCACAGUCACCAGUACAGCUGGCGCUCUCACAAGUCCUCACAGCUGCUACACAUCUGUAUUGAAGGCUGGGGAAACUGGCGGUGGUCUGAACCAUUCAGUGUGGACAAUACAGGGACCUUUAUUCGUACCAUUCAGUACAAGGGCAGGACAGCAUCACUUAUUAUCAAGGUUCAACAGCUCAGUGGAGUGCAAAAGCAAAUCCUAAUCUGCGGAAGACAGACAGUCUGUAGUUACCUUUCCGAAAGUAUUGAACUGAAAGUGGUUCAGCAUUAUAUUAGUCAGGAUGGAGAAGCCGUUGUUAAAGAACACAUCAACUGCCUUGCAGCCAAGCAGAAACUGCCUUCAUACAUCCUAGAGAACAAUGAGCUCACUGAGCUGAGUGUGAAAGCUACAGGAGAUGAAGACUGGUCUCGAGAUGUAUGUCUAAGUUCUAAACAUACAGAACACAGCACUGUCAUUCAGGUACCAUCUUCAAAGAGUUCAAUUACAUUUGUGUGGUGCACAAUUUUGACUUUAGAACCCAACUCUCAUGUGCAACAACGAUUAAUUGUUUUCAGCCCUCUUUUCAUUGUAAGGAGCCAUCUUCCAGACCCAAUUAUCAUACAUUUAGAGAAAAGGAGUCUGGGAUUGAAUGAAACACAAGUGAUUCCAGGGAAAGGACAGGAGAAAGCAUUGCAAAAUAUAGAACCUGAUCUUACACACCACCUGACAUUUCAAGCCAGGGAGGAAGAUGAUCCAUCAGAGUGUGCAGUCCCUAUCUCAACUACGCUAAUUAAACAGAUAGCGACUAAAUCCCAUCCAGACGUCAAUGUCAACCAAAUUCUGUCCGAGUUUUAUGGCACUGCUAAUCCUCCUCAGCCUGCGUGGCCGUAUAAUAGGAAGGAAUCAGACAGCAGUGAACAACUGUCCCAGUGGGAUAGCCCAAUGCGGGUAAAGCUAUCAGUGUGGAAACCAUGUGUUAAAACUCUGCUGAUAGAACUCCUGCCCUGGGCUUUGCUUAUCAAUCAGUCCAAGUGGGAUCUCUGGCUGUUUGAAGGAGAGAAGAUUGUUCUUCAAGUACCUACUGGGAAAGUAAUUAUACCUCCCAACUUCAAGGAAGCUUUUCAGGUUGGAAUAUACUGGGCAAACACUAAUACCGUACACAAAUCAGUGGCAAUUAAACUGGCUCAUAAUGUAACCUCCCCAAAAUGGAAGGAUGCCGAUAACGGGGAAGUAGUAACAUUGGAUGAAGAAGGUUUUGUUGAAGCAGAAGUAAAACUUGGUGCCUUCCCAGGUCAUCAAAAGUUGUGUCAGUUCUGCAUUUCUUCUAUGGUUCGACAAGGUAUACAAAUUCUACAGAUAGAAGAUAAAACAACAAUAAUCAAUGAUACAUCAUAUCAAAUCUAUUAUAGACCACAGCUUUCCAUUUCCAAACCCCACUCAGGAGAAGAGGACUUCCAUGCACCAGACAGUACAGUGUUCAGCGUCAGUCCAGCCGGGGCACCAUCCAGCAAGACGCUGAGUGCUGUGCCCUGCUGGGACCUGAUGUCAGACACCAGUCCCUUCACUUCAGGGACACCUCUUACUGAAAAACGCUUGCAGCUGAGUUUCAGUCCAGGCAGCUGUGCUGGCAGUUGUGAGCUGUGGAGCCUACCAGCUGUCAUUAAACAGGAGUUUCCUAGACAGAGUGUGGCAGUGCCCACAGGCGUUCGUAGUGAAAGCGGAUUUUGUACCAGAGCUAUAGCUCUGACUUAUCAAGAGCAUCUUGGUGUGACGUACCUAACACUUACAGAAGAUCCUAGUCCUCGUAUAAUUAUACACAACAGGUGCUCCGUUCCAUUGCUUGUAAAAGAGAAUUUCAAAGAUACACCAAAGUUUGAAGUUUAUUGUAGAAAGAUUCCAGCUGAAUGUUCAGUUCAUCACGAACUUUACCAUCAAGUCUCCAGCUAUCCAGAUUGUAAAACAAAAGAUUUUUUGCCCAGCAUUCUUCUGAAAGUGAUAUCAUCCGAUGGAUUAGAAAAUGAAUGGAGUGAUUUUGUGGACAUCAACAAUCAAGGAACACAAAUUGUGUUCUUAACUGGUCUUGGCUAUGUUUAUGUGGAUAUUGCCCAUCGGUGUGGAACAAUAGUCAUAACCUUGGCCUCAGAAGGAAGAGCAGGACCCAUUGAGAUCAACCUCAACAGAAGUCAAGAGCAGACACUGUCACUGAAAAUGUUCAUCAGUCAGUUAAGCCUUGCUGCGUUUGAUGAUAUUACAAACCACAAAGUGUCAUCUGAACUUCUGCGUCUCACAGCAGACAACGUUUUCCUCCACAUGGCCCCAGCCAACAGCUACCUGAGACCGCUGUCGCAGGAGUUCCAGCGGGAUGCCAUGGAAAGCCUCCCACAAUUUCAUAGUCUCCAAGUCUAUUGUGAAGACUUGCAACUGGACAAUCAGUUGUACAGCAAAUCCAAUUUCCAUUUUGCAGUCCUGCUGUGCCAAGGAGAGAAAAAUGAGACUGUGCAGUGGACCAGAGUGAACAACUUCAUCGUUUGUAACAAAGAUUUGGAAAGCUAUAAGGAAAACUGCUUUAUAAAACUCUGCAUUGCUUUUUCUGAAGAAGAGAAUUUCAUGUUUCAUGUGAAUGACCUCAGCUUUGAGCUCAAACCAGCUCGGCUGUAUGUGGAAGACACCUUUGUUUACUACAUUAAGACUUUAUUUGAUACGUACCUUCCAGAAAACAAAACCGCUUGUCAAUUCACUAAUAUUUCAGAUAGUACCCUUGAACUGCCUGAACAAGUGAGAGAGCAUGCAAGAGCUUUAGUCAAGCCAGUGAAGUUGAGAAAAUUAACAAUACAACCUAUUAAUCUCCUUGUCAGUAUUCAUGCAUCAUUGAAACUGUAUAUAGCCUCAGACCACACCCCUCUCUCCUUCUCUGUGUUUGAGCGAGGACCCAUCUUCACCACUGCCAGACAACUUGUCCAUGCCUUGGCCAUGCAUUAUGCUGCUGGAGCACUUUUCAGAGCAGGCUGGGUUGUCGGAUCGUUGGAAAUUCUCGGAAGCCCAGCUAGUCUGGUGAGAAGCAUAGGGAAUGGCAUAGCUGAUUUCUUUAGGCUCCCCUACGAAGGGCUGACUAGAGGCCCAGGAGCGUUUGUCAGUGGAGUUUCCAGAGGAACAACAUCAUUUGUAAAACACAUUUCCAAAGGUACGCUGACGUCAAUUACCAAUCUGGCUACAAGUCUUGCUCGGAAUAUGGAUAGACUGUCACUGGAUGAGGAGCAUUACAACAGACAAGAAGAAUGGAGAAGGCAGCUUCCAGAGAGCCUGGGAGAAGGACUGAGACAGGGGCUCUCUCGUUUAGGCAUUAGCCUUCUAGGUGCAAUCGCUGGGAUUGUGGAUCAGCCGAUGCAGAAUUUUCAGCGAGUAUCUGAGGCCCAAGCUUCAGCCGGGCAUAAAGCCAGAGGGGUCAUCUCGGGUGUGGGGAAAGGAAUCAUGGGCGUCUUCACAAAGCCCAUUGGAGGGGCAGCCGAGCUCGUCUCCCAGACAGGUUACGGUAUUUUGCAUGGAGCUGGACUUUCUCAGCUUCCCAAGCAGCGCUCUCGUCCAAAUGAUCAACAUGUUGAGCAGGCUCCAAACAGCCACGUCAAAUAUGUCUGGAAAAUGCUGCAAUCUCUAGGAAGGCCGGAGGUCCAUAUGGCCUUAGACGUCAUGAUUGUGAGUGGAUCAGGGCAGCAGCAUGAAGGCUGCUUGCUGCUCACCUCAGAGGUGCUCUUUGUGGUCAGCAUCAGUGAAGACACGCAGCAGCAGGCAUUCCCCGUGACUGAAAUUGAUUGUCUGGAAGAUGACCAACAAAAAGACCUCCUGAAGGUGCAGCUAAAACAACAGAGGGUGCCUUCUGAUUUGGAGGCAGAUGGAGCUAGAGAGAGACUAUCAGAACAACAGUACAACCGCCUUGUGGAGUACAUCACAAAGACCUCUUAUCACCUCCCGCCCAGCACCACAACAGUGCCAGCACCGCAACCUGUGGCUACUGAACACCUUCCAACUAUACUGAAAACAUAUCAGUAUGUAGUUGAUCCAAAUUUUGCCCAAGUAUUCAUUAGCAAAUUCACCAUGGUGAAAAAUAAAGCCUUGAGGAAAGGGUUUCAUUAAUAAUUAUUUGUGGUGAGUAUAGUCAAACUUUACCAUUUCGAAAGUAAUGUUUUCUCUGCAGUAACCUACAUCAAGUAGAGAUGCAUAUAAUUUUUGAGGAGGUAGGAGAUGAUAACAAAGUUAAGCCCAAUAGCUUUUCUAAUCUUGACAACAUUCUUGCUCCCUAGCCAAAAUACUGGUGCUGGAAGGAACAUGUUCUAGCAAACAAAUAAAGCAAAAAGGAACAGCUUUGGAUGACGGCUCAGCCAAAAUCCUUUUUCUUUUCAAUAACCAAAAAUUGGAGAAUAAAGAAAAAUUACGUGCAUACAGACAUUUUUGCCACACACACAAAAUGUGUAUCAAUACCUACUAUAUCAUAUUUUAGGGUCUGCCAGUGUCUGUUAUAAACCAAGUUUAUAACUCAGCUGUAAAAACUUGCUCAAGGCUGAGCGUUUCCCCACACACACACACUCCCCCAACAUGCACGUCCUGAGGCAAAACAUUUUCCCCCACUAAAUCUGAAAAACUCGGUGUGGCUGGUUUAAGUUACUAGUGACAGCUGGGUUUUAGCACCACUUUAACCUUAAAAUAGCUUCCUUUAUUUGACUGAAGUCUUGCAGGACAUUAGUCCUUAAUGUAAACUAGUGCCUUUGUGUGGUUUGGAGAACAAAACAUGAACUACAACGUGAACUUAUUUUUAAAACUGUCUGUAAACAGGGACUUUAUUUUAUCCACCAUCAAAUCUUCAGAAGGACUUUCAAUGUAUAUAUGACAUUGUGCGUUGUCUGGUUGUUCGCUGGAAGCCAGUAACAUGCAGUUCAAAGAUUCAAGAAAUGGAGCUUAAGUUUCCUUAAAAUCUACCAAAAAUCCAUGAGCUCAAUGGAACGUAGAUGUGCAGGUGCGAAGAAAAGCCUUGGUGGGUCUUGCUUACUUCUGAUCUGCCUCCACUACAUAGUACGUGUUCACUUAAACCCUAGUUCAUUUUAAGCUUAUAGAUCAUCUUUGAACAGAUAAAACCAGGGAUAUUUAGGAACAUGACCUUUCAAAUGUUUGUGCUUAAGCAAAGUGAGAUUUUGGGGACCCACAGGCUCUGAUUACAGCUGUCAAUGCUGCCAUCACACUACGCUUAUGAAUAAGAUGUUAAACACAUCAAGACAGACGAGCUUUGCAAGUGUCUUAUUUUUCAGACAUUUCUGUUUGUAGUAGACAAGAAGGCACUGUCUCUGGGCACAUUCUGAUUACCUUAUAAACCAAAUCUGGCUAUGGUAGCUUUAUUUAAAAAAAACAAAAGCUUACUUGGUUUUCAGCUACGCGUGUUACUUUUCUCCUCUUCCUCUGUACUUACGGACAUGAAUUUUGUCUGGGGAUUCCUGAACAUGGUCAGCGUUGGAAACAAGAACUGGAACAAAAUCUGAUCAUUGUUUGGAGUAGAUCCAUAUGCUUUAUAGUCAAUAACUUCUAUGCAUACCUGAUAUGACCAACUGCACAGUAAAUAAGAAUGUAGUAACUGCAAUGUUUUUCUCAUGAGUUCUGUUGCGUUAGAAGGAUUUUCUAAAAGCCGUUUCUCUUGUGUACUGAAAAUACAGAAGCCUGAGAUCUGCAUUGUCCUUUCCUGAAUGUGAAAUAAGCCCAUCCAUUAUCAACAUUUCAUACAGUGAUUUAAUAACUUAGUUCUUGUUUAAAUAACACUAUUUAAAAAAUGUAUAUGUAGAUACAAACAUGUGUUUCAUUCCUGAAUAUUUUAUGGAAAUAGUUUAAUACUUCUAAUUUUGCAUAUUGGUGGAAAAAUUGUAAUAUAAUGAGAUUGUUUUAAGAUAAUAAAGCUAUUCCUAUAAUACUUGGUUUUGUGAGCUAUUUGGUCAUUCAGUUACACGGGAAUAAACAGGUCACUGUGUAGAACAGUGACAGGACAGACAUAGAAGCUUCGUGUAGACCCCAUUAGAUUCCGCUUGGUCACUGGACUUUCUCAUGUACCAGAAAAUGCAAUAGAUCGUGACAACACUUUGGAAGUAAAAACUGAUCAUUAGCCUGCCAAAAACACAUGUGCUGAAAAGUUUUAUGCUUUUGUGACCAACUGAAUCAAAACAGCACUGUAGUCACCAUUUCAGUCAGACUAAUCUGUUCAUUAUUUAUGUAGUAUGCAAACCAGCUGAGAGGAUGGAAACUCACCUGUAAGAAAUGAGGGAUGGCCACAGUUUAAUUUCUAAAAGGUUGUAGAUUGCAGUCAGUGUUUAAGAUACAUUUGUGUUUUUCCUGAAUUAUAUUCUCCUGGAGUAAACACUUGUUGAAAUUACACUCUUCUUCAGUGAAUCAAGCUAGCAUCUUUACGGCAUUAGGCAGGUUCUUUCUCCCCCUUCUGACCACAUGUAUGGGAAUGUGCGGAGACAGCAUAUAAAUCAGCCUCUCCUCCAUACGAGCUGCGUGAACUAUGAAAACAAAGUUGUCCAAAGAGCAGCUGCCUGUACUUAGCUGCUAAAGCACUCCAAUGUGUACUCUUAACACAUGCCUACUCUCAUAAUGCUCUCUAGGCCUGGAGCGCUCACACCUUCUAAUCUAUCACCUUUUUAGUUUACUUCCAGAACAAUCAAUCAUUCCUCAAACACUCAGGCGUAAAGUCAGCCAAAAAAUUUGAAGGCAUGGUCAGGCUUAUACAUGGCAAGACCCUUCCCAAAGUAAUGUAGGGCAAACAAUUUCUUUUUAUGUAUUAUUUCAUACCUAAAUAUAGCAAAAGCCUUUACAAACAGCUGGGAUGGUGUCACAGCAGACAAGCAUGCUUUUCAGCUCUGCAUCUCCUGGAAGCAGCACGUUAGACCCCAGAACAGGCAGCUGAUCAGAGUCGAACUCUCACAGGUCUGUCUUGUAUGCUAAGUCCUAUUCCGAACUGUAAGAAGGGCUCAGCUGAACCCUUGCUGGCAAAGGCAAAAAAAAAAAAAAGAAGCACUUGCUUUGCAUCCAUCAUGAAACCAGAAUAUUAUACAGAAAACAACAAUUACAAACUCUCAAUGCAGACAUAAAAGUUAGAAGUCACUUUUCUUCAUUGUUGAAUACAUCUAGCCGGAGCCAUCUCUGACCUCUGCUACAUGGUCAAGAAGCUGUCUUAUCUUCAGUCACAAAACUCAUUUCUUUAAAUCAGCACACGCUGGUACCUGAAGGAACAGAGACUGCAACAGUAGCUGCCCUUGGCUCAAACAGUUUAGAAGAAACUUGGAAUUUAGAAGUAAAUUAACUGGGAAGAAUACAGGGGCUAGAGCUGCAAGGGAAGUCAGGUCUAUUAGCCUGGCAGUAGCAAGUUUCUUGGCCUCUGAGGCUGUCAAUGUGACUACAGACCCUGGCUAUUUAAACCCUCAGCCAUGCCCCAGAAAAUGCUACUGGCAAGUACUUCCUGGCAUAGUGUUUAUACUGUACAUUGGGAAGAUAAAUGGGUAUCAUUUGCUAUCGUUAAGCUCUGGUUUCCCAUUCACCACUAACGUCAAAUUCUGUCUUUGCUCAAAGGAAGCACUUCCUGUAUGGAAAGUUUAAAGAAAACCCCACAUUGUUCUGUAACUAGUCUGGAUCAAGUACAUCAACUUGCGUGCUUUCAAUUAGUUUAUACGUUGCUCACAGGUACCUAUUAAAUAUUAAGUAGCUAAUGAUCCAGUUAAAAUAAUAAGUUACUCUAAACAGGAUUUGAACUGAAGACCUUCAAAUACAAGAUGGCUCAAUUUGUCAUGCUUCUUCACGCAAAGCCUUCCCUCCUUUCACACCAUCAGCUUUGACUCCUCCCCUAGAACCCACACUCAGCAAUCAAGAGCUACAACCCUAGGACCAUCUUCAACCUCAGCAAUAGGCAAUGCACAAAGCAUGUCCCAAGUGAUGGAUACCAUGGCAGAAGACAGAGCAUCAGGUCUUGACUACACAGAACACAGUAGAGAUCAAAACUGCUCAUCUGACUACUUCCAGAUACUAAGGAGAUUACACGUGUCUAGAGCAGUAUUCUCAAGUAAGUAUUUCUGACUUUGCCUGCUUUUACCCCCUUUCCUCUUGUACAUCAAAUACAUGUGAACAUACCUGCAGGUCCGAGUGAUUUUCCCAUUAGAGUAACAUGUUUUAUCCCAGCUGAAACCAAGACUCCUAUGUAAAAGUGGGCAUCAGAACAGUUCGUAAGUCUUGAUGUAAACCAUUUGCUGCUGUAAGGAAGACAAUACAGUGCUGGCAGCAGAAAAGGAGGCAGGUUGGCCAGUAUACUUCCAAGAAUUCCUCUCCAAAUCCUUUCAUGUCAAGGUCAGUUCACCUUGUGAAGCCA